UAUUUUAUUUCAAACUGAUGAUAAAUCAAGUGCAUCUUUUCCAAAAAUAGUAUCUGUGACGUUAAACCGUAAUUUAUCGGGAUUCCCAAACACAAGCAUGGAGGGCCAGCAAAAAUCUAAAAAAGACCGCAAGAAGCCUCAGGUGAAUGAAGAAGAUCUUCUAACAGUUCCUGAAGGCUGGAAGGAUCCAGGGAUUACUAAAGAGGAUAAUCCACAUGGAGUUCUUGCAGAAAGCUCAUUUGCAACAUUGUUUCCCAAGUACAGGGAAAAAUACCUACAAGAGUGCUGGCCCUUGGUGAAGAAAGCACUAGCUGAUUAUCAUUUGAAGGCAGAGUUGGAUCUAGUUGAAGGUUCUAUGACAGUAAGCACCACUAGGAAGACAUGGGACCCUUACAUUAUUAUCAAAGCUAGAGAUCUUCUUAAAUUGUUGGCUAGAAGUGUUCCAUAUGAACAGGCUGUACGAGUUUUGGAGGACAAUGUUUUCUGUGAUAUAAUAAAAGUAGGAACUCUAGUCAGGAAUCGAGAGAGGUUUGUGAAGAGGCGACAGAGACUGAUUGGACCAAAUGGUUCCACAUUAAAGGCAAUAGAGUUACUAACAAAUUGUUAUGUGCUGGUGCAAGGUAACACAGUGUCAACUCUUGGUCCAUACAGAGGUAUUAAAGAGGUUAGAAAUAUUGUGAUAGACACUAUGAAGAAUGUUCAUCCUAUAUAUAAUAUCAAGACAUUAAUGAUAAAAAGAGAAUUGGCAAAAGAUCCACAAUUAAAGGAUGAAAAUUGGGACAGAUUUUUACCAAAAUUUAAAUCAAAGAAUAUCAGUAAACGAAAACAACCCAAGAAAAAGCGAGACAAGAAAGUAUACACACCAUUCCCACCUCCACAACCAGAGAGCAAGGUUGACAAGGAGCUUGAAACAGGAGAAUAUUUCCUUAAAGAAACAGAAAGAAAAUCAAAGAAGAAAGCUGAGAAAAGGGAGAAGGAGAAAGAGGCUAUAGAGAAUAGAAAGAAAAAGAGAGCACAAUCAUUUGUACCACCAGAGGAGAACACUGUGGUUGCUAAGAAACGGAAGAUAGAUGAUACAGGAGUUGAUGUAGAAAAUCUCAAAAAGAAAAUUAACAAAGCUCAGAAAAGGAAAUCAGUCGGUGGUGACAAAACGUGAACGGAUAAUGCACCAGUAAAAUAUGGACUGAAUGAAUGAGGAGCUUAUUUGUUUUCAUAUUUGGGAAUGAAUAACUAAUUAGUGACACAAGACAUGUAAAGUUCUGAUGUAGACAAUCAGAAACUAAAAGACCGGUGUUUAAACUGUGUUUCAUUCAUGAAUGAAAUAUUUAACCUUUCACCUGCUGAAAAUGUUUGUAAUGGAUUUGCUUUGUUUAGAAAUUAGAACAGCCUGUUCAAGGCUUAAGGAAUUGUGUUAUCUAGAUUCCUGCUGGUGCUUGUAAUAAUGCAUGGAGAGGCAGCCGAGUGUUCCUCCAUCAACAAAGCUGACAAGGUUGUCAUAUAACUUUAGUGUCAGAGAGACUUAAAACCAAGUUUUGGCAGGUUAAUGGUUAAACAAAGUAAUUUACAUCAGAGAGAAAAGUUUCUAUAAUAUUAACAGCAUUGAAAGUUAAUCUUUUGACUAUUAUAGUACAUGUAGGCUAAUUUCAGCUUAUAGAAGUUCAUUCAUUGAAGAUAAAGACUAUUUAUGUGUCACAUGUUUGUAGACAGUUUGUAUUUGAACUUGAAAAUUGUCAAGAAGAUGCAGAUAUUUUUGGUCAGUGAAUGUAGUGAAGGCAAUACUGACAUCAUUGUGUAAAUAUUAGUUACUUUAUGUGUAUAUACCAAUUAAAAACAUGAAAAUCUUUGUAAAUUAAAGAUGAAAAUAAAAAGUGAAAAUCUG